UCCGUCGCCUUUCUCUUUUGUCUCUAAGACUCUGAACAAAUCGGCUCUUGAGAUCCGAAUUGGUGGAUGCCCGAGACUUUGCACCGACGACGGAUGAAUUAUUUUACCCAAGUGGAGAGAGGGCUGGAUGAGUCGGUGGAGCGGCGGUGGCGAUUCUCUCCAGGCUAGUCUCUUUGGACGCGCAGCGAGAACUUGGCAACCGCAGCGAGCGGAUCUGCAGAGAGAAAGGCCCGGUGUGUGUGGCUGCUGGGUCGAGAUGGGAGGAUCGACCAGGCCAGGCGCCGGAGACUCGGCCGGCCGGCUUUGUUUUGCGCCUUGGGAAGCGGGCAUCGAAAGACGCAGCGGCCGCGCCCUUUGCAGAGCAGGAGAGGGCCAGGCAGCCCAAAGACUGAGGGGUCCAAACCUAAGGUACAGUGGCGGUGGUACUGAAACCAUGAUACCCUAGACAAGUCCAUUAGAUUGAGCAACUGCUUCACAAUGGACCGCUUCAUGAAAAAGAAGUUUCCACAGGGAGAGUGCAUUAUUCACCAUGCAACAACUGAUGAUACAAAAGGCCAUUUAGUCAAGCUCCAAAGCUAUGAAUCCUGGAUUACUUUACUAGAAGCUGCCAAAGUCAGGAAUCAUGCUCCAGUUCUGGAUGUUGCCAAGCAACUCACAGAAAUGGAAAUUCCAGGAGUUCGUUAUCACAGAAAAUGCAGAAUCCGAUUCACCCUGAAAAGGGAACUGGAAACCCUGAAGCGGAAAGCAGAUACAAUCGUUGGUAACGAAGCCGGGAGUAGUGGCUGUAACACAAAGAGUCCACCAAGACAGUUAUUGUCCGAUUCACGAGUAUCUGAUCCUGCCUGUAUUUUCUGUGGAAAAACAAAGUACCUGAAGAGGACAUCCACCCGUGAAAAGCUCGUCAAGGCAACACAUCUCCGAACAGACCAACGGCUGCGAGAGUGUGCUGUUAAAAAAGGAGAUGAAAAGAUGCUCGUGGUAACCAGUGGAGAUCUAGUAGCUUCAGGGACCCAUUAUCAUGCUUCAUGUUAUAAGGGUUACACACGUGAAAAGACAAAGAACCAAGACAACAUUGAUGAGGACGGUCAAGAAGAUGAAAACGAUGUUGAGGAACUGUACAGAAAAGCUGAGAGAGAGGCAUUUUUAGAGCUCUUCCAGUAUAUCAGAACGGUGAUAAUCCCCAACAAAGACGUUGUCGUGAUGACAACAUUGACAUCAAAGCUGGAAACCUUUCUGCAGUCAAGAGGAGUCCCUGCCCUAAAGGAUUCUACAAAAAAACACAUGCGUAGGAAACUGGAAUCCGAACUAAAGGAUUCCAUUCACAUCUUCACGGAUGACAAGGGGAAAUUGCUGGUGGUUCCUGACAGUGUUUCCCUGAAGGACCUUGCCGUCGAAAAUCACUGUUUGCAAAGAGAACUAAAUGUCUGGAAAGCAAAGUCUAAUCAGUGAUCCCGUUGAUGUUGUUAAAUGUCAUUAUGCAAUUCGUCACCCAUAUGUCAAGAACAGGGCUAAGCAGGGGAGGAGAUUAGAGCCAUGGAAAAGAUGAAGAGGGCAACCAAGAUGAUCAGGAUCCUAGAGCACCUUCCUUAUGAGGCAAGGCUACAACACCUGGGGUUAUUUAGUUUAGAAAAAAUAUGACUGCGGGGAGACAUGAUAGAGGUCUAUAAGAUCAUGCAUGGUGUGGAGAAAGUGGUAGAGAUAAAUUCUUCUCCCUCUCACAUGACACUAGAACCAGGGGUCAUCCCAUGAAAUUGAUUGCCACAUAACACAUGUGGCAGUCUUGGUGUCUGAAUGCCAGCAGGGACAGUCUGAUUGACACUCCCAAGGUACUGUUCAGCCUGGGAAUUCUACAGCCAAGGAAGGUUCUGCCAUGGCCCCUGAGUCUGACCCCUCACUCUCUGGGACAGAGUCAGAUGAGGAACAGAGUUCAGCACACCCUCCCACUCAGUAGCCCCAGAACCCCCACCUUGGGGCAAUUUCAAGGAUAACAGAAUCUGACAUGUUAUGCUUUUCCAAUGGCUAUAACCACAAUAAAAUGCAUGUCUGUCUGUCUGUAGGAUGGAUGGAUGGAUGGAUGGAUGGAUGGAUGGAGUGCCGUCAAGUCGGUGCCAACUCUUAGCGACCACAUAGAUAGAUUAUCUCCAGGAUGAUCUGUCUUCAACUUGGCCUUUAAGGUCUCUCAGUGGUACAUUCAUUGCUGUCAUUAUCGAGUCCAUCCACCUUGCUGUUGGUCGUCCUCUUCUUUCCUUUCCUUCAACCUUUCCCAGCAUUAUGGACUUCUCAAGGGAGCUGGGUUUUUGCAUAAUGUGUCCAAAGUAUGGCAGUUUGGUCCUGGUCAUUUGUGCCUCUAGUGAAAAUUCUGGAUUGACAGCUCAGGGACAUUACUGCCUCUCAUGAUCAACAUCAUUAUCUCUCUCCACUAAAUUGUAUCUAAGAAACUUGGUUCUCACAAGGUUCUCACUGUUCUUUGCUGACAGUUAAGAAAACAGGAUUUAAUCAAAUAAGGAGUAAUCACUAGAAAGAUGAACAAUGAAUCAUUCGCAUGCAUACUAGAUACUUAGUCCACCAUUUUAUUGCCACGUAUACUAUGUCUAGGGUGUCAGCAUCAUUCAGAUUGUUUGUAUAAAUGUAAGAUGCACCUGUAACCAAACUGUAAUCAGUUUGAGAGCAUAAGGCUACUGAUUACCUAUUGCUAAAACUGCAGUAGCAAUAAACGCCUCUAAAUUAUU